AUGCAAUAAUCAGAUUAAGUUGAAGUUGAAUAUAGAAUAGAAAUGUUAACAAGUGAAUUAGAAAGAUCUUCUUAAGCUUUAUAAUAGAAGAGUAUAGAAUGUGAAGAAUGGAGACUUAAAAGUUUAGGAUUAGAAUAGAAGAUUAAAGAUCUCUAAGCUCAUUUAGGAUCAUAAAAAUAAUAAUUUGAAGAUCUGACAGAAAAUUUAAAAUAAAAGGCAAUUGAAGUAGAAGAUUUGAGAAGUAAAUACAAUAGAGUUCAAUUUAUUACAAUAAAAGGAUAUGAAGAAAAAAUGGAAUAAUUAGUUAGAGAAAUUGAAUAAUUGAACUAACUAUUAAUGUAAAAAGCAUAAGAUUGUGAAAGUAGUAGAUAAUAAGUGAUGACUAAAAUUUAAGAAUUAUAAGAGGAAAGAUAAAAAUGUUUUCAUUUGGAUAGUUUUAUGAAAUAGAUAAAAUCUGAAAAACUAGAAGCUCUUCAUUUUUUGAAUGAAAAAAAUAAAGAACUAGAAGAAUUAAAGGAGCGUUUUAGAGAAGCAGACUAAUAUCGAUAGAAAAGUGAAAUUUUAGAAAAUGAUAUAGAAACAAUUAGAGUAAAUUAUAUGAACAUAUUCAAUUAAAAGUUGGAGGAAAUUGAUGCGCUUUAAGCAUAGAUAGAUACUUAAAGAUUAAUUAAUGAAAAUACAAUAAGGAUUGCUGAAGAAAAAUAUGCUUAGUAAAUAUAAGUGGAAAGAUUAAAUUUAUAGAGAUAGAUAAAAGAAUAAGUAGCUACAUCAAUAGUUUAAAUGGAGAAUUAAGUUGCUACAUUAAACAAUCUUUUAGAAGCAAAAUAAAAUGAAAUAGAUAAAUUGAAAUUAUAAAGACAUAACAUAGAGACAGAGAAGAUGAAUUCUAUGCUGAUUGAUAAGAAUAUCAAAUUGUAAGAUUAGUAGAUUAAAUUGUAAUAAUUAGAAAGAUAACUUUACGAGAAGGCAAAUACGUUGGAUUAAUUGACUUAAUAAAUAUAAAAUGGUUAAUUAAUUCCAGCAACUUCUUAGAGUUUAUUAGAGAGAUCAUAUAAGCAAUUAUAAGAUGAUAUGCAUAAAUAGAAUAUAGAACUUACAAUGUUAUAAUAGAGAUGCUUAGAAUUACAGGAAGAUGUAUAAAAAAAGGCAAAUAUGAAAGCUAAUUAUGAAGGUUAGAUAAAUACUUUAUUGAUUGAAAUAGCAAAUUUAAAGAGAGAUGUAUAUAAUAAAUCAAGAAUUAAUUCAUAACAUAGUGAUAAUUAGAGACUCAUUCAAUUUGAGAAUGAAAAAAGAGCUAUUCGAUAAAAAUAUGAACAAGAUAUGAAAAUGGCAGAUGAUAAAAUUAGAUAUUUGUUAAGCAUAGUUGAUUAGAGAGUUUUAGAGUAAUAGUUGUAACAUCGAGGAACAUUAAAUCCAAAUCCUGUAUUAUAAUAAAUAAUGGAAGAAAGUUCAAGUCGAAUUGCUCAGAGUAAUAUCUAUUAUCAUGAAGAUUCAGAUGUAUUAAAUGAUGAAAUUCGUUGA